AUGGCAGAAGCUAAGACUCACUGGCUUGGAGCAGCCCUGUCUCUCAUCUCUUUAAUUUUCCUCAUCUUUGGGGCUGAGGCAGCUUCAUUUCAGCGAAACCAGCUGCUUCAGAAAGAACCAGACCUCAGAUUGGAAAACGUCCAAAGGUUCCCCAGUCCUGAAAUGAUCAGGGCUUUGGAAUAUAUAGAAAAGCUCCGACAACAAGCUCACAAAGAAGAAAGCAGUCCAGACUAUAAUCCCUACCAAGGUGUCUCUGUUCCCCUUCAGCAAAAAGAAAAUGGAGAUGAAAGUCACUUCUCAGAAAGUUCAAGGGAUUCCCUGAGUGAAGAUGAGUGGAUGAAAAUAAUCCUUGAAGCUCUGAGACAGGCUGAAAAUGAGCCCCAGUCUGAACCAAAUGAAAACAAGCCCUAUACCUUGAAUUCAGAGAAGAACUUUCCAGUUGACAUGCCUGAUGAUUAUGAAACUCAACAGUGGGCAGAGAGAAAGCUCAAGCACAUGCGAUUCCCUCCUAUGUAUGAAGAGAAUUCCAGGGACAACCCCUUUAAGCGCACGAAUGAAAUAGUGGAGGAGCAGUAUACUCCUCAAAGUCUUGCUACACUGGAAUCUGUGUUCCAAGAGCUGGGGAAGCUGACAGGACCAAACAACCAGAAGCGUGAGAGGUCAGAUGAGGAGCAAAAACUUUACACAGAUGAUGAAGAUGAUAUCUACAAGGCCAAUAACAUUGCCUAUGAAGAUGUGGUUGGGGGCGAAGAUUGGAAUCCAGUAGAGGAAAAAAUAGAGAGUCAAACCCAGGAAGAGGUAAAGGACAGCAAAGAGAAUAUAGAAAAAACUGAACAAAUCAAUAAUGAAAUGAAGCGUUCAGGGCAGCUGGGCCUCCAGGAUGAAGAUCUCCGGAAAGAGAGUAAAGAUCAACUCUCAGAUGAUGUCUCCAAAGUAAUUGCCUAUCUGAAAAGGUUAGUGAAUGCUGCAGGAAGUGGGAGGUCACAGAAUGGGCAAAAUGGGGAGAGAGCAACCAGGCUUUUUGAGAAACCACUUGAUUCUCAGUCUAUUUAUCAGCUGAUUGAAAUUUCAAGGAAUUUACAGAUACCUCCUGAAGACUUAAUUGACAUGCUCAAAACAGGAGAGAAGCCAAAUGGAUCAGUGGAACCAGAGCCGGAACUUGAACUUCCUGUGGACCUAGAUGACACCUCAGAGAUUGACUUAGACCGUCCAGAUAUGUUCCAAAAUAAGAUGCUUUCCAAGAAUGGCUACCCCAAAAUACCUGGGCGUACUGUGACAGAGGCCCUACCAGAUGGGCUCACUGUUGAGGACAUUUUAAAUCUUUUAGGGAUGGAUAGUGCUGCAAAUCAAAAGCCUCCAUAUUUUUCCAGUCAGUAUAACAGAGAGAAGGUUCUGCCAAGACUCCCCAAUGGUCCUGGAAGAUCGAGAGCAAAUCAGCUGUCCAAAGGUGUCUGGAUGCCAGAUGCUGAAAACAGACAAAUGGCCUAUGAAAACCUGAAUGACAAGGAUCAAGAAUUAGGAGAGUACUUGGCCAGGAUGCUAGUUAAAUACCCCGAGAUCAUGAAUCCAAACCAGAUGAAGCGAGCUCCCAGUCAAGUCUCCUCUGAAGAUGACCUACAGGAAGAGGACCAAGUCGAGCAGGCCAUCAAAGAACAUUUGAAUCAAGGCAGCUCUCAGGAGAUUGACAAACCAGCCUCCGUAAGCAAACGGCUCCCUAUGGGGCCCCCGAAGAAUGAGAAUACCCCAAACAGACAGUACUUGGAUGAAGAUCUGUUAAUGAAAGUGCUCGAAUACCUCAACCAAGAAAAGGCAGAAAAGGGAAGGGAGCAUAUUACCAAGAGAGCAAUGGAAAAUAUGUAA